AGACACAUGCUUUGCCUUCUUCCUCUUCUCUAUUAACCCUUUCUUCCUCCUCCCUAUCCCUGAAACUGAAUCAGGGGGACUAUGGCCGCCGAAGCAGAACUCAAGAUGUCUCACGACGUCGUCGUCCCCUCCGGCCACGCCAAGAAACGAAUCGGCGACCACGAUGCAGCCACCACCGCCACCUUCGAUCCUAGCGCUCCUCCUCCCUUCACCAUUUCAGAGAUUCGAGCCGCGAUUCCCAGCCAUUGCUGGUUUAAGAACCCGUGGAGGUCCCUCGCUUACGUUCUCAGGGAUGUGUUUCUUGUCCUUUCUUUGCUUGCUUUAGCUCUUCAUUUCGAUUCCUGGUUCUUCUGGCCUCUCUAUUGGCCCCUUCAAGGUACCAUGUUCUGGGCUCUCUUCGUUCUCGGCCAUGAUUGCGGCCAUGGAAGCUUUUCAAACAAUCGCAAGCUGAAUAAUUUUGUGGGCCACAUCCUGCAUUCUGCGAUUCUUGUACCGUACCAUGGAUGGAGAAUCAGCCACAAAACCCACCAUCAAAACCACGGACAUGUUGAGAAUGAUGAAUCGUGGGUUCCGAUGACAGAGAAGCUUUAUAAGAGUCAAAGCCGCAAGACAAGAAUACUGAGAUUCACUGUCCCCUUCCCAAUCCUUGCCUUCCCCAUUUAUCUGUGGAGAAGAAGCCCAGGAAAAGAAGGCUCUCACUUUAAUCCCAACAGCAAAUUGUUCUCCCCUAGAGACAGAAAAGAUGUGACAACCUCAACCUUAUGCUGGCUCGCCAUGGCUUCUCUGAUUCUCUACCUCAUUUUCACCAUGGGUCCCACUCAAGUCUUGAAGCUUUACGGUGUCCCUUAUGCGAUCUUCGUCAUGUGGUUGGACGCUGUCACAUAUUUGCACCACCAUGGAUACAAGCAGAAACUACCUUGGUACAGGGGCAAGGAAUGGAGUUAUUUGAGGGGUGGACUAACAACAGUGGAUCGUGAUUAUGGUUGGAUCAACAAUAUCCAUCAUGACAUAGGAACCCACGUUAUCCAUCAUCUUUUUCCUCAGAUUCCUCAUUACCACUUGAUUGAAGCGACGAAAGCGGCAAGACCAGUUCUGGGGAGGUAUUAUCGGGAACCUGAGAAAUCCGGGCCAGUACCAGUUCAUCUGAUCCAGAAUUUGAUAGAUAGUUUAAGACAAGACCACUACGUUAGUGACUCUGGAGACAUCGUUUUCUAUCAGACAGAUCUCGACCUUCACGAGCAUUCUAGGACCAAGUCUCAAUGAGUUUAUUAUUCUGAGACCAGAAAGAAAACGUCGGUUUAGAUUAUUACUAGCUAGUUGCUGAUUUCUCGUGUGUUUCUCUUGAGUUAGCGUGUGUUUGUUCCCUCUGAAUUUCUGAAAAAUAAAAAAAGAAAAGUGGUGUUAGUUGCUAGUUAGUGUUACUGGCAGAUUCAGAGAUUCGCACGAUUAUAAUUGGCAGGAAGAGACAGAGAUAUGCAUGUCGUGAAGUACCGAGA